AUGUCCACCCAAUUCAACUGGACUGCCCUGGCCGUAGCCAUAGGCGCAGUCUUCCUCUUCUGGACCCUGUCUUCGACAACGCCAAACUCACCCUUCACGCGCUCCUUCCCCCGCCUCUCCAACAAAAGAAUCUGCCUCAUAAUCGCCCACCCAGACGACGAGGCAAUGUUCUUCGCCCCAACAGUCCUAGCCCUAACAAAGCCAGAGCUAGGCAAUCACCUCAAAAUCCUCUGUCUAAGCACCGGCGACGCAGACGGACUAGGCGAGACCCGGAAAAAGGAACUGCAAAAGUCCGCACUGGAACUCGGACUGCGGGAUCCAUCCGACGUAUUCAUUGUCGAUGAUCUCAGCCGUUUCCCAGAUGGCAUGGACAAGGAGUGGGAUGAGGGCGAUGUAGGCGCCUUACUCGCCUCUGCUUUUGCGCCGGACAUGGCGAAGGCCAGGAAGGGAGCUGCGGAGGACAAGGCGCCUACGGCUACGAUUGAUGUGAUCAUUACUUUCGACCAGCAUGGCAUAAGCAACCAUCCCAACCAUCGCUCUCUCUACCAUGGAGCGGUGAAUUUCUUACGUACGCUCAUGAAGGAUAAAGCGGGGUUCACGUGUCCGGUGACAUUGUACACGCUUACUACGACGAGUAUCUUCCGCAAAUAUGUGGGGGUUCUCGAUGCGCCGUUGUCUAUGUUGUUUGGGGUGUGGAGUAAUCUGCGGGCUAGUGUGUCCGGCUCAAAGGCGAAGGAUGCGGCCAAGUCUGGGGCUGGACCUGCGCGGUUGCUGUUUGUUAGUUCCAUCAGUGAUUGGAUUGUUGCGCAGUCUGCCAUGGUCAAGUGUCAUCAGAGUCAGAUGGUCUGGUUUCGCUGGGGAUGGAUUACUAUUGGACGGUAUAUGACUGUUAAUGAUCUGAAGCGGGAGAGGGUUUAG